UUUAUUGCAUAUUAAAACAGCUCCCAAAGAGAUUUUGGGAGAUUUCAAAAUGUCACAUAAUCAUGCUAAGAUGUUAUUGAGCCAGCGGCUUGCAGAAUUAGCAUGUACUGACAAGAAAUCAUUAGAAAAUAAAUCAACAUUCUACCAGACUAAAUCAGAAAAUAAUAAAACUGAUAUGAAUUUAGCGCAUACCGGUAACUCUGCUCUCCCAGAUCUUCUAAAAAUUGAGCAGUUCAAUGAUAUUUUUAACAAAUCUCAAAUAGAGGCUUUGAAGAAAAUUGGAGUGCUUUUCUCAUACCAACUACUUGCGCUUUCAAUGAUUGAAUUAAAUAGAUGUGGAAUAAGUGUAAUGCAAAUUGUUAAAAUUCAAGAAAAAAUAAAGAAAACUGAUAACAUCAAAGUUUUCAACACUGAUAAUACAAACACUGAAUUGGCUGUUGGUAUGCAAAGUGAUGGAAACAAAAAUUCUUUACAGGGUUGCGUUAAGGACACUUAUUUUGAAAAAUUGUCUCCACCGGAGUUUUCUACACAUUUACUAUGCAAUAUGGAGACAGAGGAUUGUGAAGAAGAAUGUGAUUUAAUAAUAGAUGAAGAAGCUUGUAGUACAAGCGAUGGAGAUAUUGAAUUUUCGAAACCCGAUAUUAAAAAUAAUGCAAAGGAAAAUUAUGUCAAGCAAAGUACAGAAUUGCAAAAUAGCAAUAAACAAAAUACACAAAGUUUAAAGGAAGUUGAAGUUAAGGAUUUAUCAAAACAUUCUGAGAUAUUUUAUAAAAAAAUUCAAAAGGUUUCUAAAAUUGUGGCAACUGAUUUUCCACUUAAAUAUAAUGAUGAUAAAUUGAAUACCAAUGAAAGCAAUGUCAGAAAAAUUACUAAAUGUGAUCCUUUAUUAGUUGAGAUCAAUGAUUACGCAAAACCCCUUAGAAAAAUAUCAACAAACAUUAACACCCUUGAAGACAUAAAGAUAAUUACAACCGGUGAACUUGAUAUGCGAUUACCAUUUAAUUCAGUUCUUCAAAAUUAUAAGCCUGCGACAGAAUGCGACGGAUCCUUUGUGCCACAUUCAAUAAUACCUUGGAAGCUGUUUGAAAUUGUGUUACCUACAAAGGUGCCAAUGUCUUUAGAACAAAUAGAAAAACUGCAGCAAUCAAACGACCCAAGAAUUAGAAAAAGGAUUAUUAAUCAAGAAAUAUAUUCAUUUGAAGGAAACUUUCAUGAUUUAAGUAAAGAAUUUCCAAUGGAUAGUAAUUGUGUUAGCAAUUCUGUAGAUAAUAAUAAUAAUGACAGCAAAAACAAUAUAUUGUACAAGAAAGAUUUUUUAGAUCCGCGAAAACUUCAUAUUAGUAAUUCUACAUAUGAACAUUUUAAACAACCAACUGUCAUGCAAACAUUACAAUAUUAUUUGCAUCACUCAACCUGGUAUAACAAACAAAAUUCAAAAGCGAAAAUGGAAAUAAAUGAACUAAUAGCAGAUCUGGCUGCUUAUUUAAAAAAAUUCAAGCAGGAUAAUAGGCUAAACAAAAAAUUUUGCCUUAAUAAAUUGAAGUAUCAUAGUCAAAUUUUAAAUAUUUUAAAUAAUUUAAAAAUAUUUAUUGAUUCUAAUGGCUCUAUUUUACCUGAAAAAGCAAUUUCUGAUAUGAAUUAUGGCACUGAAAAUACCGGAUUUACGCUUUUUGGUGGUUUUGAAAGAUUUUGGGGAACUUUACCGUCUAAUCAACGACAAUUACCAGUCAUAUCAAACUUAGUUCCAGUAGGUUCUUUUCAAGCACCCAUGCCAGUACAUUUUAAUAAACCAGCAUUAUUGGGUUUUCAUUCAAAUGAUAUUACUGGUGUGGGAUGCAAUAACUCAUUUCAGGCAACAGCUGCAGCUGUCCACACAAAAACUAUGAAUUUUGCAAAUAAUAUUUUAUAUGGAAAUCAAAAUUUUACUUUUCACUUCGAAAAUUGUAGGUCACAGUUUCCGCAAUCAUCUGUUGCAUUAAAUUCCAACUUGGAAUCUUUUAAAGCCAGUAAUGAAGUAAAUUCUUACGGAAGCAGAAAUAAUUUGAAAUAUCGUAAUAAUUCAAAGUUAUCAGAUCGUUACAGCAAUAAGAAAAAUAAAAGAUUUAAUAACAAAUAUUGUAAUAAUAGUGAAAAUGGUGGAUUUUCUAAUAAGGACAAUGAAGAGAAUAUUAGUACUUUUGAAAAUGACAAAAAUAAUAAUAAGUGCGACGUUAUUUGCAAUAAAAAAAUAAAGCAAAGGAGAAAAGUAUCUGAAAACUGGGAUGAAGAAGAUGAACCUAUAAAAGCAUUAGAAAAAUGUGCUAGUAAUAGUGAAACAUCAAAAACGUUUGAAGGGAAAGAGGAAAAUUGGGAUUCUGAUGACGAAAAUGAGAAUUCAAUAAAUAAUUCUUCUGAGCAAAAAUUGAAAGAUUGUCCAGUCAAAAAUUUUGACAGCAUUAAUGAUUUUGGAACUGUAUCCAAAAAACAAAAAUUAGAAAAUAUACGUUGUACUACUACUGAUACCGAAAAAACAAGUUUGAAAAGCGAAAAGAGUAAUUUUGAAAAUCAUGUUUGUAGUAAAAGUCCCAAACAUGAAGAAAACUUAUGUUUCGCGAAUAAUAUAGAAAUCUCCAAAGUUGUCGCUGAUGAUUCGGAAGAAGAGUGGGAUUAAUACCCAAAACAAAAAAUAUUAGCAUUAUCGUUUUUUGUAUUUUGUUAAAUAAAUUUAAA